CCGGCCAACAACCGCACCAGCGCGGCGGCGGAGGACCGUUAUUCCCCCGCCUUUUUUCCACCUUUCUCCGCGGCCAGGAUGGGAGCGGGCCCGCGCGAGCCUCCAGCCCUGAAAGAUCUUCAUCAUUUGCGCGCUUUGGAAGGAGAUCACAAGAUAGAUAUGCAUAUAUAUUAAUGGAUGAAAUGUCCCGGAGCCUGGAGGAAAGCAGCGGACCCGGUCUCCGGUGUUGAACCGGGGCAGGGGUUCGGUUUACCGUUACCGGGGGAGCGCCACGGAUUUAGCUGCGUUACGCCCCCCCAGUUCAAGCGUUUUGCGCCGCGUCUUUUCGGGCUCCGGUUCGGAGCUGUGGGCGGUCGGAGGGGCUAAUUUGGUUGUGCUGAGCCGGAGAGGAGUGAUAUGAGCCCGGCCCUCUUCUGCAUCUCUGAACCUCAGCCAGAGAUGCCGGAGAGGAAAAGCCCCUCGCGCGGGAACGCGGUCGGCCGUCCUGAAGGAAUCGCGUGUGGCUCGUGAAUGACGAGCGCGAUGGAGAGGUCGGGAGGCGCGGGCGCGGGAACGGCGCUGCUCGGAUGCUGCGCGCUCCUCGUCUCCACUGUGAUGCUGGUCUCCAUCGCCACGACGGGCACACCUGUGUCAGCAGAGCUCCCAUCCAAUCUAUCCAAACGGGACCUUGGUGACUUCCCAGCGAAGGCACGCUUACCUCCAGCCUCGUCGUCUUCAUCGCAGCGCUCUGAGAACCCCAGACGCCGGGCUCAUCCCGCAUCCGGUGCCAGGCAUUCUGUUCGCCCUGGUCGCCAUGACAACGCAUCCAGCAUAGCUCCCACCCCAUCGCUUAGUGCUGACGGCGGAUCUGGCAACCUUGGAGAUAGCGCACAUGGUAUUCACCUGCUGUUACGCCCACCGGACCUUCUGACACCCAGUCAGAUGCCUCCUAUCCACGGCCACGGUCCACCUACACCGGCCCCUCCCACUCUGGUUGCACCUGAGGACCUGUACCCAGCGCACUCUGCGGAGGUUGACUGGGGUUCUGGCGAUUACCUGGAGACUCUAACCUUUAUGGGCUCUGAAGGAGAGGAAUUUUCUAUGGUCACCACCCUUCCUUCUCAUGGAUACGAUCCAUACGAUGAUGACGACUUCAGCACUGGGGUCAGCUACAACACUGCCUUCCCUUCCCGCCCUGUUCCCUCCCUCUCCUCUAGAGUCCUCCUCCCGAGUGUAACUGUGGGAUUUGGCACCAGCUUAAGGACUGCCCAUCCCACUGACCCCCGCCUCCCCCAAGCCCCUGACUCCACCCAAGACUCUAACACGAAUGAAGAUGUGGAUUUUGAUUGGGCAGAACUCUACCCUAUUGAACCCACUGAGAUGCUGCUUCCUGACAUGAACAGUAUGGAAUACUACAACACCCUGCAGGCCAAAGAGAACGCCAGCACUGCUGGAAACCGCACACACCCACCAACUCACCCCCAUAUCAAACCUACUGCCACCCACCCACAUCCUGCAGGCCCCACACACCCUCCCACUCCUCCAGGGGCACGUGACCAACUGGACAGGCAUCAUUCCAUAUCUGCAGUCACCCCUACCCCACCACAAAAACCUGCAUCACCUCCAGACUCUGCUACAGACCACCAGCAGACCCCAAAAGCCCCCUCUUUCCCAGGGAAGCCACCUCCCCGCCCAUCUUUGCCCACCUCUAAAGCAGAUAGUGCCCAGCCCAAACAGCCUACAGUUCAGACCCCACCCGUCAUCAUCUCACACGCUCCCCCCAUUCAGGCUGUCACACUCAAACCCCCGCCUCCUCCAAAGCUCCGCACCACCACCAAGCCUACAACAACUACGUCUACUACAACCACAACAACCACCCUCGCUACCAAGCCUCUUCUUCCACCUACUCCCAGAAUCCCGCUCUCCAUCGCACCCAGACAGUACGUCUGCAACAUCACCAAGCCAGACAUGUACUUGGUCAGAGCUGGAAUGCCUAGUGGAGCCUCUGUGCCUUUCGCUAAGGCUCAUGUGAAAGAGAUUCUGAGGCGAGAGUUCAACCGCUCAGUUGAGCUGCAGGUCCUCAAAGCCCCGCCCAACUUUGUCUUUCGGGCAGUAUCUGGACCGCUGGUGUACACAGCAGUGUCCGUCAUUAACGCACUUCGCCAAUCAGCUCGCAGCACCUCCUCCACCACCAUCCUUUCAGUCACACCCAUAUUUGCAGUGCCUGACUACAAAUACCAAGUGCACUCAGUGCUGCAGUUUGUGCCAAGCCACGUGGAUGUGCGCGUGUGCAGCUUUAGUGAACGUGUGGAGAGGGGGCUGCUCAUGGCCUACGGAGAAGUGCGAAGGCGAUCACAGGAAAAUGGAAACUUCACUGUCCACAUUGUCAACAUAACCAUAAGCAUGACAAAAGGCCAGCGGCAGCAGAAAACUCCAGUGGAAAUCACAUUCGCUAUCCGUGAUUCCAGUGGCUUCCUCAAGGGUUCAGAUGUUAGUGCGCACCUGAGGCAGCUCAACGUGGUGGAGUUCAGCUUUUAUCUGGGAUUCCCUGCCAUUCAGAUCGCUGAGCCCUUCCAUUACCCUGAGCUGAAUAUAUCUCACAUGAUGCGCUCCUCCUGGGUGAAGACAGUGUUACUGGGUGUGUUAGAUCAGCGUGUUAAUGAGAGGACCUUCCAGGCUAAGAUGGAGAGACGAUUGGCUGUGUUAGUGGGGGAGGGGCUUGGGUUAAGCAGUGCCCGGCGCUGGAGACGAGCCACCUCGGUGGGCAACAACAGUGUGCAGAUCGUGCGAGGUUCACGGAUGGAUGGAGCAGAUAACCCUCUGGAGUUGGUUUAUUUUGUGGAGGGCGUAACAGGAGAGAGGCUGCCGGCUCAGACCACUGCCUCCAUGCUCAACAGGCUCAGUCUGCAGAGGGCAGCCAUCGUGCUGGGCUACCGAGUGCACGGACAGCUUGCCACACCUGUGGAGAAACUGGCUCUUCCACCCUCAGAAACGCAACCCAGCAAUGUGUGGUUGAUCAUUGGAGUGGUGGUCCCUGUGGUGGUGGUCAUCCUCAUUAUCAUCAUCCUCUACUGGAAGCUGUGCCGUUCAGAGAAACUGGAGUUCCAACCAGAUGCCAUGAGCACCAUCCAGCAGAGGCAAAAGCUUCAGGCUCCAAGUGUAAAAGGUUUUGACUUUGCCAAGCUCCACCUUGGACAACACAGUAAAGACGACAUCAUGGUGAUCCAGGAGCCUGCUGCUUUACCACAGCCUGUCAAAGAGGCCACGCCCUCAGAGGGCGGAGAACUGAACACACCAAAAUCCAAGAGUUCAUCCACUAAAGCAUCGCGUGCAGCUAGACGGAGGGGCAGAUUGUCUCCUUCUGAUGGUGAUUCAUUGGGCAGCGAGGCGUCUAGUGGUAGAGAGUCAGCAGAGGAAAGCACCAGACCUGCAGUUACACCCAGCGACAGCAAACCUCACCACCGCAAGAGCAAGCAUGCAAAGAACAAACUUGGUGCAGCAUCAGGCAGUGGAGUGGAUGAACAGUUAUCCUCCUCUUCUAUAUUUGAGCAUGUGGACCGCCUCUCUCGAGGUUCCUCUGAUGGAACGCGACGAGUGUCCAAUAAGAUUCAGCUGAUAGCCAUGCAGCCCAUGCCGAGCCCGCCUCCUCACUCACACAACCAGGCCCUAAGCCCCGCCCUCACAGAACGAGUGCCUGAUGGAUCCAAAGUUAACUCUGAGAUUCAGGUUGCUCUUAGGCACAAGUCUGAGAUCGAGCACCACCGAAAUAAGAUACGACUACGGGCAAAAAGAAAAGGCCACUAUGAUUUCCCUUCCAUGGAGGACAUUAUGGCAGCAUUUGGGGACACCCCGGAGCAGCAGCGGGUGUACCAGCAAGCCCAGGAGCAGAUACACAAGAUUCUUCAUCCUGAUGCACAAACACCUUCACCCAGCGGGGAGCUUCACAGGAGCUCCAGAGGCCGGCGUUCUCCCAGACAGAGGCAAAGGCAUCAUCUGAGCUGCAACGAUAGCCUGAAUGAUAAGGACCGCCUCAUAACCGAUGGUGAUGCCACAUACAGGAAGUACCCAGGAGUCAACAAUGUGGCCUACGUGUCUGAUGCAGAUCAGCUCCCUGACGCCAGCACCCCCUCCCCCACCGAUGAAGUGUUUGUUGACCCGGGGUCUCCACCUUCUGGCCCGGCUCCCGCUCCACCCAGUUACGUCCCCCCUCAGCCAAGUAUUGAGGAGGCUCGCCAGCAAAUGCACUCCCUGUUGGACGAUGCCUUCGCCCUAGUCUCCCCCUCUUCACAAGGGAGCUCAGCACCUCUGACGCUCACUGGGGUGACCGCAAUUACUGGAGUGGGAGGAGUCAGCCCUGUGGUGCCCUCUAGCCCACCACCACGCCCUGUCCGCCAGUGGGGCUCCUCGUCCUACCCAGCAGCCCCUGCACACAGCCCCUUCUCUGCCAGAUAUGCUGAAUUAGGAAUGUCCCCUACAUCUGUCCAGGGCUUACUACAGAGGCAGGCGCUGGGCUCUGGGUAUCUGGUUUCUGGAGAGCUGCAGUCAGACCCAGGGUACACCAAUAGUGGGCAAUAUGUAGAUGAACUACCAUCUUCCUCUCGACCACGACCAGUAGGGGGCAGCACAGGUGCACAGCUACAUCAGCUGACGCAGGUGGGCUUGUCAAGUCGAAUCGCAGUGUACCCCGGGGUGGGCCGUAGUGUUUCUGGACCUUCGGGAUCCAGCUGGGCGCAGUACCGCUCAGACGAAGAAGUCUCCAGGCCAGGAGCCAGCCGGGAGACUAUUCUGUCGUUCCCUGAGUACUCCUCAUCUCCUGUAUUCCAGAUGCCUCGGACGUCCCUGAGAGACCCUCUUACCCCACAGGCCCACUUGGACCCUCCCACACCAGGCUAUUCUGGCCCGGAGGAAUCCUCUCCAUCACCUCAGUCCUCGGCCUCGCUCAUCAAGGCCAUCAGGGAGGAGCUUCAGAGACUGUCCCAGAAGCAAGCUGCUGUGGUCAGCUACCACAGCUGAGACCCGCUCUACCCAACUAACUCCCUCCCUGGUUAACCUCCAAUCACUGAUGGUUGAACUACUAGUUUAAACACACUAAAAACUGGUAAUUUACCACUGAACACAGCUGCCAGACAAGACACAGCUUUGUUUAUACCUUACCUUGUCUCUGUAUUACCCAACUACAGCUUGGCUAGCUGGACUGAUACACAAGGAGAUACAAAACAAUACUACCCUUAUGGAGACCUCACGCUAAGGCCCUCACUUCUAGCACAUCCUCAAACCAGGACCCCCGAUCCUUAUUCACACUCACAUGAACCAUCACUGCUCCAUCACUGAGGGGAUAAAAAAACAACCACAGAUCACUAUAGACUUCUCCAAUGUAGUCUCUUCACCAACACACGUCCAAUAACACCAUCCCUCGAACAAAUACCCAAUACCCAGUACCCAGUUGAAGCUUCUCUCUCUUUUAAAUUGCAUGCUUUAAAGAGAGAGCAGUGAAGCAAAAAGAGAAGGACUCUAUCGUGACAAACACCCCUCCCUUCUUCAGUGCCAUUUCUACAUGUCCGUCAAAGUGCUUCCUACAGAAGGGUCAUCGUCCAACCCCUCGACUUCCUCUGGUGCUAAAUCUCAUUUCCUCUUUCCUCAGUCAUACCAUCCAGUGGCCAUGUCCAAAAACUCUGAAGCAGUGUCCUUCCAGGCCCAGGGUCUGGGUCUGGGUUUGGUUAUUGUUUUCUACUUCCUCCUUUUUUCCUUUCGCUGAUCUGAAAUGGCUAGUACGCUCUCAACGAGCAGCUGUUAUAAGGCCCAUCUGACAUUUCAGGACAGUUCAAAACUUGCAAGGACGCUGCCAUUGUACAGUGGGUAUCAUCCCUCGUAUAGGAUAGGUUUUAAACCCUAUCUACUGCAUCUAGUCCAGAAGACCUUUCCUGUGAUUUAAAGCUGUUUUUUAACAUGCCUUUGUCGACUGUAGCACAUACCUUACACAAGUAGCAGUUUUGUUUUUUUUCAGUAAGUCAGGCAGAGCAACCUGCUGUCAGGUCACUUCAGUGACUGAUUCAUUUUAAAAAUUUUGCUUCUAUACUCCGCCCCAAUGGAAAUAUGAAUUUGAAAUAAAGCACUAAAUUUGAUCUGAUUAUCUGAUAAGAUGUAGUCAAUUGCGCUUCCCUGUACACUGUACCAAUUGAUGAUUGAUUGAUGACUUUAAACAUACACUGAUAAGGGCUGCACGAUAAUGGAAAAAUGAAAAAAAUUACAAAGCAAAUGUUCUAUUUUUGACGAUAUAUACAGUUGU